AUGGUUUACAGUAAACCAACCAGCGGAGCCAUGAAGAGGUCUGCCUCGGCUCUCGAAGGACCCCCAGGAUGGGGCGACGUUCCUCCGACGAUGACCAAUCCCCGCUCAUCAUUCCGUCCUCCUUAUGCUCACUUCGCCAUGAUUUACCUUGACCGUGAUGGCAAGCUGAAGGUUGAUGAAUCAUCUUCUAUUCAAGAGCAAAAUUCCACUGUGUUCACCCCAGAAGUCCGCCAGAACUUCCUCGAGAUUCUGGGCGAACGUAUCGGCUACCAUGCUCCUAUUCGCCAGACAAUAGACGCAUCUCCUCGUCGGGUGAGACGUCGCAAGGGCAACGCUCCUACCCUCUCUGUCGAUGACCGCCUGACUGAGCAGGAUACUGAUAGCGAGGAUGUCCCUAGCGGGUCUACCGAAAUGGUUCCUCUCCGUAUCGGAGACGCCCAAAAGGUUAUGGCCUACUAUGAGGGUGCACUAAAGCACUUCCAACAGCUGAACUGCCGCAUGGUUGCCAAGGCAUUUAUCAAAUUCAUCGAGCCUCGUAAGCAGGUUCGACACCCUUACAAUGGUGGCAAGCCACCAGCAGGAUCCGCCCCCGGUACUACCGGUGACCCAGAAAAGACCAAGCCCGAGUGGUGGCCUCCGGGUGUCAUGCAUAAGGAGCCUGACCACUUGAGAAAAGAGUACCGCAUUGAGCUCUUGCUUCACAUUAUCCGCAAGCUCGGUUCUUAUGGUAUUACUGCCGACAAGCUCAAGGAUGUUGCUGGCGACACCAAGCGGAGCUUGAAGCACGCAUCUCACGUCGAGAUCAUCUACGAGAUCCUCCGUGUCCGCAAGAUGGAGGAGCGAUUUGAACGAGGUGAAGUCGACGCAAACAUGGUCGUUUACACCAUGAACCGCGGCCCUAGCCCUAAGGGCGAUGAAGAAGACGACUCUGCCACCUCCUCAGUGACCAUUGAGGAGCCCGAGCACAUCAACCAAGGAUUAAUGACCCCUAUCUCAUCAUUCGAGCAAGCAUCCACCUUAGCCACACCUAUCGACAACAUCCCAGCAGCCCGUUCUCUUCCAGGCAGCUUCUCUAUGGCGGAGCCUAUCAGCUUCGAAAACCGCCAGGACCGCUCCUACUACACGACACCUCCCCAAUACAGCGAUUCCUUCUCGCAGCCCAUGCUCAGCACUCCGGUGACAGCAGAGAUGAUCAGCCCCCACGACAUCUCUGUCUCAGCCUUCGACUACUCAGCUCACAACAGCUUCCCAAGCUCCACACCCGAUCACUCGCGCGCGGGAGUAAGCGGCCAAUACGACACUUGGACCCCAUCUUUCCGCCAGAACAUCUUCAGCCCUGUCGAUUACACUACACCGGCCUCUAGCCAGGGUAUGCCCCAGCCUUCAAUGCCCUACCAGAUGCCCAUGGUAUCGCACAUGCAAGACAUGCACCAUGCUCAGCAGUCUCACAUGGACUCCAUCCACCAAAGAUCCCUGCCUUUCCGCACGGGAUCACUGAGCCACCCACACCCUCACGGGAUGCCUCUCUCCCACACCGUCUAA